CACACACACACACACACACACACACACACACACACACAGCGUCACAGGAGGAGGAUCAGCAGCUGCUGGUUCCGCCUGCCAGUCCACAUUCUGGGUUUAUUUCUCUUCGGUCCGUCCUGCUGGUUCUGAUCCGGUUCUGUCGGGUCCAUCUCAGUCUGUCCGGCGGUUCGGACAGCCGGGUCGGGUUCCUCUGGGUCUGAGAGGAAUCGUUCAGGAAGGAAGUUUGGUUCGUAAAUCCUGAUUCCGUCCGCAGAGACGAACCGAACCGAACCGAACCUCCGGGAUGCUGUCAGCGAAUCCCGGACUUUCUUCGUGAUCCCGGAUCCGGAUCUUCUCUGAGGAACGAGAUUAUUUCAGAUUUUAUUCUGGAUUUUCCUUCUGGAUCCAACAGAAAAGUUCUGGUUCCUGAUUGGAUCACUGAGGAGCAACAAGGAAAAGUUCUGCUGAGGCUCCUGGGAACUGGACCGGCCCGGUUCUGAAGAUCGUCUCCAGGAAGUGAAGAUCCAGGAUUUCCUUCCACCAGGAAAACUUUUUGUCUUCAGUGUCGUUUUGCUUUUUCUACUGUAACGAAGCCAAACUGAGGAUCCAGGAAACCGACGGAUCAGGAUCAUGUUGGAGAGCUGCAGGUUUCAGGAAACAACUUCCUGAUCCAAACCAGGAAAAUCUGGAAAUGAAACGGAUUCAGGAAAAAGUUCAGCUUCCAGCCGGACGAUGGACAGUUUCUACCAAACAGGCUGAACUUUGUUUUCUUGGGUUUCAAAGCAAAUUUUAAAAUAAACCUGAAAUAUUUGAUUGAAAUUAACAACAGAAGUUAAGAAAGACAAACAGGAAAUCCUGGAUAUGGAGGAUUUUCAUGAUGAAAAUCAUCUGGAGAUGAAAAAUGGAGAAUUAAAUCUGACGAUAUGCAGAUGACAACGUUGUUAAUAUCAAAGCUCAGAAAACUUAAUCUGAGUUUAUUAAUCUGAGCUCAUCUGGUUCAAUAAGGGAUCAGAAUUUCCUCUGAAGUCGGACGAGUGUUUGGUUUGUUUCCUGUGGUUGCCAUGGUUCCUGGAGCGCCGGGUGGUUCAGGCGGCGGCGGUUCAGGCGGCGGUUCAGGCGGCGGACGCUGCCUGCUGCGCUGGCUGGCUCUGCGGUUCUGGUCCCGUCGGGGAACGCUGCUCUUCGCUCUGCUCUGGUUCGGAUCCUGGCUCUUCCUCAACGGCCUGGUUCUGGUCCACCGGACCAUCCUGUCCGACUUCUGCAGCGACGACAAGAGCAGGAGGAUCCUGCAGCGUCUGUGCCUGGACUUCAGCCGCGGCUCGCUGAGCGGAGAUCUGUGUGAGGAUCUGUGUGUCGGCGGCCUGGUAGAAUAUCAGCGCUGCCUUUACUACGAGAACGGAAAGAAGGUGAUGGAGGCCCGGUGGAGAGGGAACCGGGUCAUCCUCAAGUCCAAACUGGAGAACUUCUCCUCGUACGAACCGCUGGGCCUCCUGGACUACCAGGAAGCAGGAGACGAGCUGUCGGCGCUCGACGUGGUUUACGCCACCCUGGAGGUGAGGAACUCUCUGGGUCUGGCUGAGGAUGAGGAGGGAGGAGGAAGGAACGGCUCCCUGUCCGGCCUGUUGGGUCAGAAGCUGAGAGAGAAAAGUUACUCCAGAGCCGAUCUGGGCUCACUGUGGGCGCUGCUGCAGCAGGAGGAGUACACCUUCCUCAGAGUUCUGCAGGACCUGAGUCCCCAUGUGGCCCGGGUUCUGGGCUCCUGCGGUCAUUUCUACGCCGUGGAGUUCCUGUCGGCCGGACACGCCUGGGACCAGAACCUGUUCUCCGUGGACGAGGCGCCCGGGUGUCGGGGGGUCCCGGGCCGGUGGAGCUCCAGGCUGGCGGCGCAUCGGAUCGCGCUGAGCUUCAUGGACAUGAUCCGACACUUUGACAACGACUUCACUCACAAGCUGCACCUGUGUGGAAAACCGGAGAACUUCGCCAUCAGGACGGACCUGACGGUGGUGGCCAUCGACGUGGACAUGGCGUUCUUCGAGCCCAAGAUGAGGGACAUCCUGGAGCAGAACUGCAGCAGCGACGACGACUGUAACUUCUUCGACUGCUGGUCCAGGUGUGAGCCGCAGCGGCGGCGCUGCAGCGCGCGGCGCAGGAACUCCAACCUGCAGGUGAUCUGUGAGAAAAUAUUCCGGCCCUGGUUUUCUCCAACGCUCCUCGGAGCGAAGGCAGGACUCCCGCUUCAGGUGGAGCUGCAGCGAGCCGUGCAGGACUGCUCAGAGACCGACGGCGGCGCCGAGGACGAGGGCGGAGCCCGCCGGGUCCAUCGGCGCCUCCGCGUCCUCAGGGCCCUGAUGCAGGAGGAAGUGGCUCCUGAGGACAGGAAGUGGACAAACGACGACACGGAGCGCGUCCACCCGGAGCGCGUCCACACGGAGGGCGUCCACCCGGAGCGCGUCCACCCAGAGCGCGUCCACCCGGAGCGCGUCCACCCGGAGCGCGUCCACCCGGAGGGCGUCCACCCGGAGCGCGUCCACCCAGAGCGCGUCCACCCAGAGCGAGUCCACCCGGAGCGCGUCCACAUGGAGCGCGUCCACCCGGAGCGCGUCCACCCGGAGCGCGUCCACCCGGAGCGCGUCCACCCAGAGCGAGUCCACCCGGAGCGCGUCCACCCGGAGCGCGUCCACCCGGAGCGCGUCCACCCGCAGCGCGUCCACACGGCGCUGAACUUCUGA